AUGAUGAAGAUGUUCCAAAAAGUGGAGCUAACCAUACCCCUACUCGAUGCUAUCAGGCAGAUUCCUAAGUAUGCUAAAUUCUUGAAAGAUCUUUGUUCAAGGAAAGUAAAGAUGGAGGAAGAAGUCCGUUAUGUGAUGGGGGAGAGUGUCUCGGCGGUGAUCCAACGGAAGUUACCCACGAAGAGGAAGGAUCCAGGGAUGUUCACCAUUCCGUGCAACAUUGGCGGAACAAACAUGGACAAGGCCAUGAUGGACUUGGGAGCCUCGAUCAAUGUGAUGCCAUUGGCUGUGUACAAGAGACUGAAUAUUGGUGAGAUGAGGAACACCCGUGUGGGAAUUGCUUUUGGUUCCGGGGAUACCACAGAGAAAGUGAUCCAGUAUGGUCUGACUGAUCGAGAUGCAGAGCAUAUGGAGGAUGAUGAGAUGAAGGAAGCCAUCAUGGAACUUUACUCUCUCGGAGAAAGUACCAUGGAAGCUGAGUUGGAGGUAGACCAGAAGAUCAAUGAGCUAAUUCAGGAGGUCUAUUUAGCUGGAGGAACGGAGACAAGCAAACCAGAGUUAUUGGCUCAGUAUGGGCAGAACGAGAAGCUGUUGCCAUCAAUCCAGAAAGCACCCACACUAGAACUCAAGAAGCUGCCUAAACAUUUUCAGUAUGCUUAUUUGGGUCCAGAAGAAAUGCUCCCAGUUAUCAUCAGUGCUGACCUAACCCGUGUGCAGUAA